GACUAGCGUAAGCGCUGUAGAAGGUAAAGAAAAUUUGGCUGGACGCGCGAGUGUGCUAGUCAAGGGGUCGCGAUGAGAACGCGUGGUGCAUGGACAUGAUCCAGCCGCUGGUAACCCUCAGCUUCGUUUAGCACCCAAUGCUGAUCUUCGCAGACAGUCCCAAGCCAUCGCCACUGAAUUCCUCUCCUCCGUGCCCGACGCCACCCCGCCUCCUCGACCGCAAAGCCAACCUCACACUCUCUUUCUCACACAUGUCCGGUUUCGAAGACCUUUACAACCGCCUGAGGAUCGUGGACAAUCCCGUCGUAAGCCACAUGGCCAACGCCUUCACGAAGACGACCGCCCUCUUCUCCUGCGUGGAGGUCAAGCCCGCCAGCGGCGAUCACACAGAAGUAGAAUACCAACUCAGUAUACGGAUGGCAGCCAGCCUACGGAAGAAGAUGCGGUGGCAAGCUGUCGCAAGCGGUGUGGGAGAAAAUAAGAAAGAAGUGUAA